GUGUGUGUGUGUGUUUGAGAGAGAGAAAGAGAGAGAGAGAGAGAGAGAGGUGAAACCGUGGAACUGUGAAAGGGUGACGCGCCCACGGUAUUGUAGUAUCAGAAUAUCGAUGGUUGGUCGGGAAAUUCAACCGAUGGAUACUUUAAAUUCUGAAAGCGAGCGCGAGGCAGAGACACCCAGCUUGGGAACUCCUCACUUGCAGGCUUUCAUCCUUGUAAUCGCAUUCCGAAAUCUGUUUAUCGCAUCCACAUCAUCACCAUGUCCACCUCCUUCCAUGGCGAUUCUGUUUUCAGCCAUGUCGUUCAAGCUCCUGAAGAUCCCAUUUUAGGGGUCACUGUUGCUUACAACAAAGAUCCCAAUCCAACAAAGUUGAAUUUGGGUGUUGGUGCUUAUCGAACCGAGGAAGGAAAACCGCUUGUUCUGAAUGUGGUGAGACGAGCAGAGCAGCUGUUAGUAAAUGACCAAUCCCGCGUGAAAGAGUAUCUGCCUAUUGUUGGUCUCGGAGAUUUUAAUAAAUUGAGUGCUAAGCUCAUUUUUGGAGCUGAAAGCUCUGCUAUUCAAGAGAACAGAGUGGCUACAGUCCAGUGCUUGUCUGGUACUGGCUCGCUGAGGGUUGGUGCUGAGUUUCUGGCUAGGCAUUACCACCAACAUACAAUAUACAUUCCCCAGCCAACUUGGGGAAACCAUCCAAAAGUUUUCACUCUGGGUGGGUUGUCCGUAAAGACCUACCGUUACUAUGAUCCGGCUACACGGGGGCUGAACUUUGAAGGGCUGCUAGAAGAUCUUGAAAAUGCCCCAUCAGGAGCAAUAGUGUUACUUCAUGCAUGUGCUCAUAACCCAACCGGAGUUGAUCCAACCCUUGAGCAGUGGGAACUGAUCAGGCAGUUGAUGAGAUCAAAAGGGUUAUUACCUUUCUUUGACAGUGCCUACCAGGGCUUUGCAAGUGGUAGCCUGGACGCAGAUGCGCAGUCUGUGCGUAUGUUUGUUGCUGAUGGUGGUGAAUGCUUCGCUGCUCAGAGUUAUGCGAAAAAUAUGGGGCUUUAUGGGGAACGUGUUGGUGCCCUUAGCAUUGUCUGCAAGACAGCUGAUGUGGCAAGCAGGGUUGAGAGCCAGCUGAAGCUUGUGAUCAGGCCCAUGUAUUCUAAUCCUCCUAUUCAUGGUGCAUCCAUUGUGGCUACUAUCCUCAAGGAUAGGGAUAUGUACAAUGAAUGGACUGUUGAGCUGAAAACAAUGGCAGACCGGAUUAUCAGCAUGCGGCAGCAACUCUUUAAUGCUUUACAUGCCAGAGGCACCCCAGGGGACUGGAGUCACAUUAUCAAGCAGAUUGGAAUGUUCACUUUCACUGGGCUGAACUCCGAGCAAGUUUCCUUCAUGACAAAAGAGUAUCACAUUUACAUGACCUCAGACGGGAGAAUCAGUAUGGCAGGUCUUAGUUCCAAGACAGUUCCUCUUCUUGCAGAUGCUAUACAUGCUGCUGUUACCGACAUUGCCUAGGCGGAUACAUUCGAAACUUAUUUUGUAAUUCAUUGGUUCUUGCUGCUGCGGUUGCAUGACUCAUCAGUAUUUAACACAUUCAAUGCUGCAUAAGUGAGUAUUUUGGUUCGAAACAGAGUCUUGCCUUCUUUUUUCUACAUUAAUAAAUGGAGCCUUGAAUUUUUUUUUGGUUUUUUGGUCAAGAUGAUGCUUCAAGAACAAAAGAAGUGUGAGAGAAUUGAGUGUGAUUUUCUAAUGUUGAGGAGAAUGGAUUCUUUACAAUCUGCGAUUCAAUUCACAAACAUUGCAGAAUUUUGUGUGUGAUUUGCCAACAAUUGGAUUUUCAGCAGUGACUGGAAGUUUAAAAUCUCA